GGGCGACUUGUGUCUGGACUUACAACAUUCAGCUUCCUCGCAAUCUGCAACUUGCAAAGACACCCACUCUCUUACCCUAGAACUUCAUUCUACCAAGCCUCUCUAGAGCAGCCGCUAUCCCUGAAUACAACUAUCGCUAAAACCAGAUCGCGCAAAGGUCUUUCAACAUGGCCGACUCAUUGACUGAAGAACAAGUGUCCGAGUUCAAGGAAGCGUUCUCGCUCUUUGACAAAGAUGGCGAUGGCCAAAUCACUACCAAAGAGUUGGGAACCGUGAUGAGAUCGCUGGGUCAAAAUCCUUCAGAGUCCGAGUUGCAAGACAUGAUCAAUGAAGUGGACGCAGACAACAACGGCACCAUUGACUUCCCAGAAUUCCUUACAAUGAUGGCUCGCAAAAUGAAAGACACAGACUCUGAGGAGGAGAUCCGAGAGGCCUUCAAAGUGUUUGACCGUGACAACAAUGGGUUUAUUUCAGCUGCCGAACUGCGCCAUGUCAUGACCUCUAUCGGCGAAAAACUCACCGAUGAUGAAGUUGACGAGAUGAUUCGAGAGGCCGACCAGGAUGGCGAUGGCCGUAUCGAUUACAACGAAUUCGUACAAUUGAUGAUGCAAAAAUGAGUGACGACGAGGAUGCGAUCAGACAUGGCGCACAAUAGACCAAUUGAAGGUACCGGGAACUUGCCAACAGGACCACAGCAGUGUUAUAACCGACUCUGCGGUAAAGAACCUAGCACUUAGCACUGAGCAAGCCAAACCCUUGUUCAUCUUCAAGGAUCCCAUAGCGGGUUUAGCACGUUGAUCGUAGAGGAAUGAAAUUUGUGCCUUCCAGGGUCCACCAUCUAUAAGA